UCAAUUGCAGUACAGAGUACAACACGUCAAUGGAACAAGUGUGCAAAGCCCGCACGUAUAUUAGAUUGAAGAGAUGGAAUAAAGGCUAUUUCCCCACUGGAUCAGCAGUGAAAAAGUACUAGAUUGGAUGUGGAGUCUUUUUCCUUGCAGUAUGCUCUGUUCCACUCUCGGGUCUGCCGCUGCACACACCUCCCCUACAGAAGAGGUGUCUCUGGAUUACGCACUAUAUGCAGUUCGUUACCAUCAUGAGGGCAUACCUGGUUCACAAGUACAUAUUGUUGUAUCCGCGUAUUACAGGCUUUGCGUGGACUGCGUCACUCCCAACUCGUCUUCACCUCGCAUUUCCCUAGGCUCCUUGGUUUCAAAUCUGUGCGCCUUCCUCGUCGGGACUGCUGCCUGGGUGUUGUCUUAGUGACGCUGCGUUUGCUGUCAAUAACAACGCGUCGCCAGCACGUCAUUGUACAGCUUCAAAUAGAGCUUACCAGGGACUGAAACUUUGUUGGUGUAACAUCUAGAUCCAAGCUUGAGGUGAGUGUUUUGAAUAUCCACAAACUUUAGCUCCG